AUGGACAAAUCAAAAACUUUAUUCGAGCGGGAGCUGGAGCUGGCAGCAAUUCUUCAAGUGCCGGUCACCAAGCGCUACGGAAUUGUAGAGAUUGAAGAGAAGCCGCACAAGAGAUAUUACAGACCGGAAGUGUUGAAAAUAUACAUGAGAAGGAACUAUCCAACUUUAUCUAUGAGAUCCGACUUAAUGGAUGCAUUGAACAAAAAUUUCCAGUCAUCUACUCAUGCUUAUUUCAGGCACUCCAAAGUCAACAAAAUGCAAAAUAUAACCAACGCUCACAACUAUAUCAAACACCUUCUAUCACAAUCCGGCUAUUUGCGAUAUCAUAAUCGCCAUUUGAAAGGGGAUAAUUACAAAUAUGUGAUCAGACGUUUUAACGCUGCUUUGAAAAACUAUAAUAAAGAAUUGUAUUUGGUUUUCGAAAAAACCGAUCACAUCCACUUUCUCCACGAAAUGUUGUUCAUCAAGAACCUGCGAAACUAUCCAUUUCCUACAAACUGGGUAUCUCUUGUUGCAUUACACGACAACUCUCCAAAAUUCGAACGUAUUCUGGCAGCUAUUCGGGUUGUAACGGAAUACGAUGGAGAUGCUGCUCCAGAGUUUGAACCGGAUACAGAAGUUAACGAAGACAAUGAGUUACUUCUUGCAAUGUGCAAAGAUUUUGAUUAAGUUAGUUGGAAAGCCAUGUUAUUGCUUUAAAAAAUGUAUCUCAAAUUUCGAAAGUUUACAAGUUCCUCAUUUUAUAUCAAUUGUCUCAAUCUUGUGAUGUUUUUUUACAAUAAUUAUUCCUAUUUUCUAACGUUUUUAUUGUUAUUAUGGAAUGUAUUCCAAUUUUUGUUUUUUAAUAAAGAUUAUAAAGGUUUUUGAAA